CCAUGUGGAGGAAUCCUCCCUCUCUGUGACGCGCAGAGAGGAACCAGAGGAACGAGGAAAGGGGAGACACAGAAACGGAUGAAGGGGGGAGAAGGGGAAGUAUUGUAGAGAGGAAGAGAGAAGAGAGGCGUGCCAAUAAUCAAGGAUUUUGGAUGAGGGCGCGCGUCUCGGAGAGGAGAACACAUGGGAAGGCACCGGAUCAAUUACGCACCACGCGUCACAGAGGUGUCUCCACUGCUGCUGCCUGUUUCUACCACGUCCUGUCCUGUCCUGAAUGCGCUGGGACACUGAACCUUGUGCGGGACAAAGCCUGAGUUCAGACGGAUAUAGGACUCGCAGAUCUGUCUCCAGGAUGCAGGGUCUGAGUUCCCGGGCUCACGCCUUCUCGGUGGAGGCUCUGGUCGGGAAACCCUGCAAGAGGAUGAAAGUGUCGGAUGGACACGAGUCAAGUUCAGCUGGAGACACCAGCAGAGACACGAGCAUCUUCACCGGCCUGAACGAGUAUCCAGUCAGCCAGAUGAAGAAAGCAGGUUCAACACGGAGGGAGGCAGAGCUGGAUGCUGUUUCCUGUGAGCCAGAGACUCAGACCAGGGUCAGAUCAGAGACUGAGGAUGCUGGAGAGGCUGAGCCCGGCAGCGGAGAGGAGAGGAAGCCGAAGGAGAGCGCCUGCAGACCGGACAGAGAGGUCCAGGUCCGGGUGGAGCUGCAGGGCUCCGAGCUGUGGAAGAGAUUCUACGAGAUCGGAACCGAGAUGAUCAUCACCAAAGCUGGCAGGAGGAUGUUUCCAUCUGUGCGCGUCAAAGUGCGCAACCUGGACCCGAGCCAGCAGUACUACAUCGCCAUGGACGUCAUGCCCGUGGAUUCAAAGCGCUACAGGUAUGUGUACCACAGCUCUCAGUGGAUGGUGGCUGGCAACACGGACCACUCGUGUAUCUCUCCACGGCUCUACGUGCACCCGGACUCUCCGUGCGCAGGAGAGACGUGGAUGCGUCAGGUGAUCAGCUUUGACCGGGUCAAACUCACCAACAACGAGAUGGACGACAAGGGACAUGUCAUCCUCCAGUCGAUGCACAAAUACAAGCCACGUGUGCACGUCAUCCGGCACGACCCUCGCAUGGACCUGUCCCAAAUCCAGUCUCUGCCUGCUGAAGGAGUCCACAGCUUCUCCUUCCCAGAGACGGAGUUCACCACAGUCACAGCCUACCAGAACCAACAGAUCACAAAACUGAAGAUCGACAGAAACCCGUUCGCCAAGGGCUUCAGAGAUCCAGGACGGAACAGGGGAGUGUUGGAUGGCUUGUUGGAGUCGUAUCCCUGGAGAGGCCCUCUCAGCUUAGACUUCAAGCCGUUCGCCAUACAGCUCCAAGGGAGCUCGGGGUCGCCAACCGGCAGCGUGAAGACUCUUCUCCCCCUCUCCUCUUCUUCAUCCCUUCACCCGCUCUCCGCGCUCUCCUGCCAGGACGCCGCCCUCCACACCCUCGCUCUCCCUUUCUACGGCAAGGCCUCCUCCUCCCCCGCCUCCCUGCUGCCCAGCAGGGCCUUCUCCUCCCUGGGAGCGGACAGACUGAGAGGCCUGCCCCCGCUGUCUCCGCUGACAGACUUCCCGCUCCUCUCGGCGCUGCAGGCGAAGAAGCCCCCCCACUGCAGGGACCCGUGUCUUCACGGGUCUCCGGGGAGCUCCCCGUGCCUCUUCCCCCUCCACGGCCCCCUCGGCCCUCAGGGGCCCUCUCUGCUCCCUCAUCUCUCUGACACUGCGGGCCCCUACUGUCUUUACCGCUACAGCUUCCCCCUGAGCCCCCAACUCACAGCCUUUUCCCGGCACGCCAAACUAGCCGAAAGCGCCACAGACUGUCUGCUGCGCCAGUCUCCGUGGCACCCAACCACCAACCACUGCCUCUGACAGCUGGACCGCACUUUUAGGGCUCCGGCCCAUUGAGUGUAACGAGCCAAAGCUUAUUGCGACGAAACAGAGAAGGCUGAUUCUCUAUCCGACCCAAAGGAGCAAUAAACUGCAGCAGCUGGGACGUUUUCGUACAGUGUUGGAUCUACCAGCACAAAAACUGAUCCUGAACCAGAUCACGAGCUGCUGCUCUUCACUGUGCACACUCAACUAAAGCCCAACAUCCGAGGGAACUGAAAUGUAGACAGGAUGUAGAUCUUUAUUUGGGAAAGAAAGCACAGUUUCUUUACCGCAGUACCGCUGUAAUGGUGUUACCAAAGAGCAUCAGCAAUAGGACCUGAGGUAUGUAAUAUCAAUAUUAAUGAAUGACUGUUAAACUGACCAUAAGUGCCUAUUAAAGUAUU